AUGACGCCGCCCAAAAAGGGCAGCAUGGGAGACCUGGUUGCGAAUUUGGCCGCCGGGACGCUCACAGGCAUGACUACAAGCUCUUUCAGCCAUCCCAUGGACACAUUGAAAUCACGCUGGCAAGUGGCGUGCCGGACAACGACAAGGCAGACUUGCUUUGGAUUUGCGAGAACUCUUCUGUUGCAGGAGGGCUUGUGGAUGGGACUAUGGAAGCCGGGGCUUGCAGCCAAUGUGGCUUCAAUGGGCUGCUGUGUUGGUAUGAGGAACGGGCUCUACACUGUCUUCCGUGAUGGCAUAGGUCACUUCGAAGACAGAGCGUCCGGCAUCCCACCCAGUGCGGCUGGCAAGGCUGGUCCAGUGGCAAUGUUCACCGCCGGACUGUUCUCUGGCAUGGCCGGCUAUAUCAUCACAGCACCACUGCUGCAGGUGAAGACACGGAUGCAAGCGGAAGCUGGGCGAAUUGGCCCUGAUGGGCGAUACGUUACCGGUCUUCGUCGUGGGCAUGCACCAACAUAUCGAAGCACAUUUCAGGCUCUGCAUGCUUUGGCAUCUGCAAGAUGCCCCCAUGAAAGGAUGCGAUCCUUGUGGAGAGGAGCUGGUGUGAUCGUGGCACGCGGUGCUGCCCUUUCGGGCUCUCAGCUCAUGGCGUACGAUGCCUUCAAAACGAUGAUGAAGGCUUACAGUUUGAUGGAGGAUGGUCCUUUGCUGCAUGUUUCGGCUUCUCUCGUGGCUGCGGUGAUUUGCACCACCUGCCACAUGCCUUUUGAUGUGGUCCUGGUCGUGUAUCAAAGUGCACAGAGCCUCGGCUGCGACCGCCUUCGCUACAUUCGGUCUGGCCCGCUGGCUUGCGCAAAUGCGCUGCUGCGAGAGUCCGGACCCCAAGUCUUUUUUCGCGGGUGGACACCUGCCUUCGUGCGCCUGGCUCCAGUGUGUGUCUUUUCCUUCUGGCUCUACGAACAGCUCCGGCGUCUGGUCGGCAUCGGUUACUUGGACUGA